AUGAAUCCAGCUCAGGGGCAGCCUGCCCAAGGGCAGAACAUGAUGCGACUUCUCCGACCGGAGCAGAUGCGUACGGUUAAUUAUCUCACCGAUGACGAGAAACGGAAGUACGAAACAGGGCUUCAAGGACUAUACGCAAAGAUGGAACAGUUCGGAUCAGAAACCAGAGAGCAUCAAGAAGCCAAAGCUAAAGUCGCGGAAUUCUCUCGAAUGGUUUAUAAUAAAGUCAAAACCAUACAAGCAAGAAAUCAAGCAAAUUCUCAGGACCAACUAGGCCAACCAAGUCGCCCCAUUCCACAGCAACAGAAUAUACAGAGUGAGCAAGCUCAGAGCAGCUUGGCCACGCCCCAACGGCCUGCGAGUAGACCAGCAGGAGUAGGGCCAAGUAGUAAUAUCGCAACUCCUGGUGCUGCCGCGCCUAAUGCCACUCCAGUCGGGCAGCAGGCCCCUCCAGUCGUGCCUAAGGCUCUUAUGGAGCAUUUAAACAAGCUUCCAUGGCAAGCUUUGCGGAUACCGCCCCAGAUAACGCCGGAACAAGGCCAAAAAUGGUUAAAUGAAAUGAAACAGCGGUAUCUUCGGAAUCUUAUGCAGAUGGAAGCUAUCAAGUCGAAAAUGACUAGGAUGGACGCCAUGGUAAAAGAACGACAAGAGAAGGGUGCAAUGACUUCGGAGGAGCUCAGGAAGUACCAGGAAAGCAAAUCCCAAGAUCAGAAGACGUAUGUGGAGGCACAACGAUUCCUCGAAAGUGUUCGUGGACAGAUGAAAGCAUCUCAACCUGGAGCGCCGGGGUCGAGUGCCCAACAAGGUCGACCACAACCCAUGCAGAACCAAGCUGCCCACCCUAUGCAAGCAGCAACCGCAUCUGUGAAUGCAGCGAUGGAUGCAGCGAAGAACCAGCAAUUAGCAGCCUCCCGGGCAACAGUCCCCGGACAACCGCAACAGCAGCAGCCACAGCAACAGCAACAGCAACAGCAACCACAACCGCAGCAGCAGCCUCAGAUUCAACAUCAGGUUCAACCUCAGGCUCAACCACACCAACCUCAGCAGCAACACCAACAACACCAGCAACACCAGCAACAGCAUCCUGGGACUCCUGUUACUCCUGCUACACCUUCCGCAGGCCCACAACUUCAACACCAGCAACAACUUCAGCAGCAGCUCCAGCAGCAACCCCAAUCGCAUCCUGCGCCUACUAAUCAACCUCAGAUUAAGAGCGAACCUUCCAACAACAUGCCGCAUCCUCCACCGGUUAACACUGCUCUUGCUGCCGCUACCGCUUCGGCACACAUACCUUCCGCGGGAACACCAACCCAAGCCUCAGCGCGUGUUCAGACUCCCCAGUCUGCAGGACAAGUGACAGGAUCCCAAGUCCGUCCACUAACUCACGCCGCCGCAGUUAACCGUGCCAACUCGUCAACUAACAUCACCGGCCAAGCGAAUAACUCAUCCGGUGGUAUUGCGUCAACACCUGGGUCUAGUGGCUUGGUUGGUAACGCAAAUCAUCCUACUCACUCUCACGCGCACCCACAAUCUACUACUCCUGCGAUGAAUCCCAAGAUGCCUAUCAGCAAGAACCUGCCCCCCAAAGCGACGGAGAUUCCGCAAGCCGUCAACGUUGGCGGAGGAAAUACUGCCGGCCGCCCAUCGUACGGUGGCGGUAGUGCAACUGGGGGUGGAACUAUGAGCCAGCCCGUCAUUUCCAAGAUGCCUCCUGCUCAAUUCGAUGCCGAAGGUGAACAUGUGCUUUCCAAGAAGAAGCUCGACGAGCUGGUUCGCCAGGUUUGCGGUGGCGGUUCUCCUGGUGCUGACGGCAACUACCUAACCCCUGAUGUUGAAGAGUCUGUCCUCAGCGUCGCCGAUAAUUUCGUAGAUAAUGUCCUACACACAGCUUGCCGCCUUGCUAAGGAACGAGGCAGCAAGGUACUUGAAAUACGAGACAUUCAGCUCGUCCUCGAGCGCGUUUACAACAUCCGCAUUCCCGGAUACACAUCGGAUGAGCUGCGAACCGUGCGCAAGGUGCAGCCUUCAGCUAACUGGAUAUCCAAAGUGCACGCUGUUCAGGCUGCCAAGGUCAUGCCUGGUAAGGACGACAAAUAG